UUUUACUGGGACUAUGGCGGGCAUUCUGACCCUGGGGGAAACUGACUUGGUGUCACUGUCACUUGGUGUCGAUUCAACAAUACAGUGAUCGAUGCUACUAAAAAACACUGACACUGUACUAAUGGCACUGGGCAGGAAGGGGUUAACAUCUGGGGCAAUCAAAGGGUUAACAGUGUGCCGUUUUACUAGUGACUGUGUGCUUCACUGUAAGCAUACUGCUUUGCAUGGCUGUUUUUUUUCUGCAGAACAGUGUGUUGGGAACAGACAAGCAGCAGAGCUGCAUUGAAAACAAU